GAGGAAGGCAAGAAGGCUGGGGCCAUGCUGAGGGUGUGUGUGUGUAAGGGUGUGCGCGUGUGUGUGUGUAAGGGUGUGCGUGUGUGUGUGUGUAAAGAGACAGCACGAUCGGUCGUGGUGCUUAAAUCCAGCUGGCUGUUCCACAGGGAAUGUAAUCCAUAUGCGUGCACCAGUUCAGCUGCAGGAGAAAGGAGAGAUAUCACCCGCAAAGAAGAGAUUGUUUUUGCUUUUCUUGUUUAAAUUCCACUCAUACCCGCCCCUGGAUCCUGGCUCGCCUUUUUUAGCCAGGAAGUGAGAGACGGAAAAAAAUCAAGACCAAGCAGUAGUAGUAGUCGCAGGAGUCGAAACAGUACGAUGAUGGAAGGAGAUGAGACGGUGGAGGAGGGUGCAGCGUGUCAGAAUGAGCCGAACGGGCCAGCUGGGCUCCCAGUGAUCCAUACUCGUCUGGAGGAGAACGGACAGAUCCAGAAAGAGUUGCAGAGCUCAGAUUCGGACAUGAAUGGCAAGACGGGGAGCAGAGGGCCCAUGAACAGCACCGUCGAGGCAAACAGCAAUGCCAACAACCUCAGCAUGGCAUCUCAUUCAAUCCCAGAGGCCCAGAAUCACUCACAGCCAGUUUCACGGACGCCUAAGAGAGCCGCCACGUUUGGGAAGCGUUCCAACUCCAUGCGCCGUAACCCAAAAGCUGAAGUGACCAAGCAAGGCUGGCUCCAUAAACAGGCCAGCAGUGGUGUGAAGCAGUGGAACAAGCGCUGGUUCGUGCUCACGGAUCGAUGUCUCUUCUACUAUAAAGACGAUAAAGAAGAAGUUGUCUUGGGAAGCCUUCCUCUUCUCAGCUUUAAGAUCGGACCAAUCCAGCCUUCAGACAACAUCAGCCGCAGGUUUGCCUUUAAGGUCUGGUUUGAGGCAGGGGAAGAAGACAUGGAAGGAGAAAAGGAGGAAGGGCAAGACUCUAAAGGAAGUAUUACAUUCUGUUUGCAGGCAGAACACGCUGGGAUUCGUACAUACUACUUCAGCACUGACAGCUUGGAGGAUAGGGAGGAGUGGAUCCAAGCCAUGAAUGCGGCAGCCAGUGUCCAUGUUUUACCCCCGAUUAGAAAAACCUCAGAGUCCAUCUCUACAGAGGAACAAAACCACAUCCCAGUGACACCAGCACCAGAGCUGAAGUCUUGUACAGAAGAUGAGGAUUCAAGAACUGAGCAACACGAGCCUGAGAAACGUGGAGUAAAUGGGGUAGAAAGAAGAGCGAUACCAGCUUCCACCACACCAGUGUCAACAGAUAUGGACAGCCGGCAUGGGGAGAGGGGAUGCCUGCCUCCUCAUCAUCCUAACGGAUGGAGUAACUAUGGUUCAGGCUACCCUUCUCAGGAGAACAUAAGAGAGCUGCAUGAGGUGCAGCCUGAGGCCCAAGAGAACAUGGUGCUGCGCAGGGGCUUCGUGCCCAGGACAGGGCCUGAGAGGAUGGCACAAAGGAAGAGCUCUAUGACACAGUUACAGCAGUGGGUGAACCAGCGGCGCAGCAUGUUGCCUCAGGAGGACCUCCGGAGUCCAGCACGGUAUUACACAAUGAACCGAGGCAUGUCAGCAGACUACUAUGGUGGUUAUGGUGCCCCUCAGUACACUGAGGAGUACCCACUGUACCCUUCAGGAAUUCGGCCUGAAAGCAUCUGCUCCAUGUCAGCUGCCUACGACAGGAUGCCACCCCGUUGGACGGCAGAGGAAAAGCGGCGUUCACUCAGGGACACUGCUCCCUUUGGACCUCCCCGUGAGCCCCAGUGGAUGAUGGGGGGUCCUGGAACACAUCCUGCUUAUUACACCCAGCUAGAGUCAACCCAGGGGACCAUGAGGCGUCUGUCACUGCAGCCACGCUCACGCUCAGUGCCACGCUCACCCUCUUCAUCAUCGGGAGGUGCCUACUCACCCGGACCCCCAAGCUUCAUCUCGCCAGCACGCUCUCCUAGUGUACGGUUUGACAGAAUGCCUGGGCGGCUUAGAGAUGAGGGCAUCUACGCUGACCCAUCAGUCUACAGCAUGCGAAGGUCUCUCAGUUCCCCCAAGUAUGAUUUUCCUGGGGAUCGACGGUCUCUUACGCAAAAUGUUUACCAUUACAAUUACCCAGCCUCUCCCUCUGUACAUGGCAAAAUGGAUGACAUUUUAGACCUGCAGCUUCAGAGGAACUUGGAUUACCUCGAUCAGCAGGUGCCUCCAGCGCAUGAUAUUUACAGGGACCUGCAUCCCACGCUGAAGUUCAAUGAAAUUGAGACCAGUAAACUCCUGAAUCGCUUGUUUGAGCAGAACAGGCUUAUGAAGGAGCAGGAAGCUGUAGUACAUCGGCUGCGAAUGGAAAAGGAUAACCUGGAGGCCACUCUGGUGGCCACCCAUCAGGACAUGGAGCUUUCCAGGACUCAGCCCCUGUCCAUAGAGAAACUGCAGCUGAAGAAGGAGAGCUUACAGAAUCAGCUCAUCAAUGUCCGGGGAGAGCUCUCUCAGGCUUCUAGUGCUCUGGCCACCUUUAAAAUGGAGCUUGACGCUCUGGAGGAUGAGGUGAAUGCUAUUCACGGGGACCUGUGGGAACAGCUGAAUUCUGGAGGACAGAGUGAGAUGGUCCACAGACACCUGCAGAAAGAGUUCUGGAGGAUUCAGGAUGUGCUCGAGGGGCUGCACAAGAACAAUCCUUCUCGAGGCACAGAUACAGCUAAGCACAGAGUCAGUGCAGCAUCAGGUUCCUUCAGCACAAACAGUCCAGCGAGCCCACUAAGCUCCGUGAGUCUAACCAGCCCCCUCAGCCCUUUCUCACCUGCACCCGGCUCCCAGAAUUCACCCACAAAACAGCUGGCAACUGAGGAGAUUGGUCCUCCACGGCCCCCACUCCCUAAGUCUUACCAGCCCCUGGACCCCACCACAAUCAUGCCCCCUGUCCCUCCCCUCCCUUACAGCAGCAAUGCCUGGCCACGCAACAUGGACAGCUAUAAGGAAGACAAAGACACGCACAGCCGAAAGCACAACUUCAGUUCAAUAGAGGAAAAGACCAACGAUUAUGACAUGGAGCAAGACAGACAAGGCAACAAAGUUGGUAUUGUCCCACCCAGGACUAAAUCUCCUACAGAUGACAAGGAUGGUAUUUAUAAGAGGAAUGGGAAAGUGCCUAAUGGUCACAUCUCCAGGGAGAGGCCAAAGAGCGCUGUGUUCCCGGCAGAAGCAAAGUCUAAGAUGAGCGUAGAGGAGCAGAAUGAGAGGAUACGUCGGAACCAGAGCAGUUCGGUGAAAGACAAGAGACGCAGCCUUAAUCUAUCUAACAACCAGAACUUGGAUGGCCUUAAGCCUUCUGUCCACUACAGAGUGGUGAGGAGAAGAGUGACUGCCCAUGAGGUGGACAUAAAGGGCCUGGAGGCUGCCGUACGAGGGGAAGGUGUGGAGUCUCCAAGGGAAGAAAUUGCCCGGCUACGUAGACAGGUGGACGCUGACAGUUAUGAGCUGGACAUAAGCAAAGAGCUGUCUGCACCAGACAAAGUGUUAAUUCCAGAGCGGUAUUUGGAAAUGGAGCCCAGCACGCCGCUUAGCCCAGAGGAGGAGAGAGAGAAACAGAAGAAGGUGGAACGGAUAAAGACACUCAUUGCCAAGUCAAACCUGCAGAAUAUUGUCCCGGUUUUGGACGGCCCUGUGGAAGCGCAGGCAAAUCCUGAGAAGAAGCUGCAGGAACAGGAGAAACGUAUCGAGAUAUCCUGCGCUUUGGCAGCCGAGGCCUCUCGCCGCUCCCGCCUGCUCUCUGCCCAGAUCACCUCGAGUCCCCCCGCCUCCCCGACCAACCUGGCCCCUCCCCCUUCCUCUGGCUUCUCUGACUCCUCCCACAUCAUGAAGGUGUGAGCGUGUGAAGCUCACGCGCUGGCUGCUGUCAAGUUCGAUGGUGAACCCUUUUGAGAACGGCAAAUAAACAACACACGAAAAGAUUACUUAUAUUGUCCCAUCUCCCCCAAACUGUGUAUUUAUCUCAGUUACUGACACACUAGGAGGGGGAAAUACUACAAAACGUUUGGAAGCAGGAGAUCCGAGGUUCGAGGGUGUGAUCUCAAAGAUGCGGUUCAGAGGUCGCUACAAAGAUGAAGUCACAUCCUGGCAGUGGGCCUCUCCUUUCUUUCUCCCUUUCCAUGUCGGACCUAAUGGCAGGACUUGUAUGAUGAAAACAACAGAAAUUGUAACAUAAUGUAAGCUGCAAACUAGCCAGAAAGUCAGAUUUGUUUACACAAAACAAACAUCUGUAAUAUGGUGAGUGUUGAGAAAAAACUGAAAAAACUGGCCGGACACAAGUAAAGACACAAGUACGUCAGUAACCGAAUGACAACCGAGGAACAGAGACAAUUUACAAGCUACAGUGUUACAGUAGAAAAAAGCCCGAGAGGAGACAGGAGGCAAAUGCCGUGUCAGAGCAAGUAAAGAGCAAGUAAGCCCAGGAACACAGACAGGAAGUAGCACGUCCCAGAGUAACGACGAGAGGAAGUUGACCAAAAUCAGCACAUCGGUACUUGACCACAGUGGCUGAAGACUAACUUUAUAAAAGCUUAGCGUCCUAGAUCUGCCAGAUUCAUCAGUGACCAUAGACUGAUGUCACAACCUGUCUACAGUGAAAAGUAACCACAAGAAGAAGACAAAAAGAAAGCAUCUCGUUGUGAAGCACUUGCAUGGGCACUUCUUUCCUCAUUCCCUUUAUUCCCUCAUUUCAAAGGAGAUCAAGACUCACUGUGACUCCAUAAAUCCUCUUUGUCUUUACUUUUACGCUGAAUAAUAGGGCUUGAUGGGAACACUGGAUCCCAAUCACCAACAGGCCGGUACCUUAGAGUUCUGUUUGCACCACAGGUUCCUUAUAUAUCAAUAAACACAGCAUAUACAGUAUAUCAAUAGACAGUGAAUAUAUAUAUAUAUAUAUUAUAUUAAUUUAAUUUGUAAUCAAAGCCAUCUUUAUAAUGCUUCAUUUCUAGUAUUUUAGUUACCAGACCUGGUACCUAAAAUGUCCGUGUAUGUGGGUAAAAUGAUUCUAAUGAAUUAUGAUUAGUAGGCUAUAGAGUUCCUGUCGAAAAGUGCCCUUAGAACUGUAAGUCUGCUAGUUAAACAUUGUGUAGUGGGGAGGGUGGGAAUGGGGUAGGACGGGGUCAGAGACGGCAGCUUGCAUCUCAACGUGUAAAAUCCCCUGUGAAUAUGGAGCCCAGUAGUGUAACACUGUGCCAUUGGGUAUUUCGUUUGUCUUCUCGUGCUUAGGCAAACAUAUCUGUUGUGUAAAUAUGGAUCCUGUUUGAUGGCGAAUUAAAGAGUAUUUUUGUAUCACUGACGCAAAACUGACAAGGAGAAAGAAAAAAAGGCAGCUAGAUUCUAGCGCAUCACAAAGCGACAAACGAUUUGCCAAAAUGUACUUGUUUCUUGUUUUAUGUUAUUAUUUAGCGUUUUGGUACUUAAGCACCAGACAUCAUGAGACAUUAUGAAGCCAGACAUAAUGUAGUCAUUAGGCCAUCUUUUUUUUUAAGUAAGAUAAGUCACGGCUGGCGAGUGAACAUGAUUUCAUGGAAAUUUUCUCUUUCUCGCAAUCAUUAGCACACGCAGUGCUUAACGCAUUCAUCAGGAACAGAGAUAAACAUGAUUAAUGACCCAAAAAUUGGAUCAUCAGUUUCACAAAGAAGUUUAAAAAAAAAAAAAAAAACAGUCCAAAAAUCAAAGUUCUAUUUUUAUUAUUUCAACGACAGGGACAGAUAAUGUCAUCCAAAUGCAGUACGUAUUUUUCUAAACACAUGGAGAUUUAAUGAAUUUGAUGAAAUUUGCUCGGCUACAUUUCUAACAGAGAAUUAAGAGUGUCUUGCAUUUUUUUCAUGGCAGGUUUAAGGCUGGCAAAGCUUUAUUUUGUUACUCUAAAGCAUGGUUUUUGGGCACCUUAGUUAAAGAUAAUUUUUAAGAACUUUAUUUUUUAUGGAACAGGAAGAAACGUGUCAGGAAUCACACAAAUGGCCAGAGCAGAGGGAUCUAAUAUUUGAAUUCAAAAUGUAGCAAAUAAGGCUAAAAAGGACUAAACAUUGGUCUCUGUACAUAUGUUCAAACCAAAUAUAAUCUGCCUAACAGUUACUGUUGCUACUUUGAGUAAAAUACAGAAAAAAAUGCUUGAACUAUGCAAAUCCAUACAGUCGAUAUGCUUGCUUUAGAAAUGCCCUCAUGCAAUAAAGUGAAUGUAUUUAAAAGGGA